AUGGACUUUGAGGAGUUUGAAGUUGAUAUCGACCGAGCCAUCGAAGUCUCCAAGCCAUCAAAAUCAUGCCGCACUGUUACAGGAGCUUUGAGCUGGACCGAUUCAACUUGGUUCGCGCCUGCAAGUAGGAAUGCACGCUGGAUGGACCUUAUCGGGGACUAUGCUGGUGCAGAACCCUUUGUGAUCGACGGUCAUUCUCUACUUCAAGUUGUGCUUGAUGAUUGUCUACUUGCACUAGCGAAGGAUGAUGACCCGUCAUUUCAAAUCAUUCAUGCGAUCUAUUCACUCGAACGCAUACUGAAAAACUUUCGAGAUCGAUCAGCGAACUUUGAUAUCAUUUUCUUUGACGUCAAUCGACACCUAGUACUGCGAGCAGGCGAGUCGGAGUUUACUGUUGCAUCUCGAGCCCUAGCCAGGAGACUCUUAUAUAAGCACCUCCGGUCGCUGAAUUCGGUGAAUACCUUCACCUUCGCAAGUCUCUCCGACAAAAACUGGGUCGAUUAUCGUGUCCGAGUGAAGCCAAUGUUUGUCAUGGUCAAUAACGGCGGUGUACUGAAGGAAGGCAUCGGUGGACAAUUCGCCGCCCAUCAAAUACUCGUCCAACGAAUAUUUAUCUUCGAUUUGCUGGCUAGUGGCUUGGCAAUGGCGCCGCUCCAGGGUGCUGAUUUCAAGGACACCAAGAUCUUAUCUUUCGUCUUUGAAUCAAAACUACGCUUAAGCCGUCAAGGACAUCUUCCCAAAUCUGUUUUAUCCAUGGGUGUUGCCGCCAUGGACAUUCUUGCUAGUCAGGAACAAGGGCCAUUCGAUCAAGUCCGCAGCUGCGUCCUCCGCGAAGCGUCAGCAUCCCUGCCUUCCUUCGACCUCCGCGCGACUUUGAAGGAUGUCGGAUUCUCAUAUCUUUUAGCAUUCAAGAGCGACACUCAGCCGUCGCUACUUGCUGUGUUCAUCAUCCAUGUCCUUCUUCUCAAGAGUAUCUCCGUCCAGGAUCGAGCGCGGCGCCUGGCGCCAAUGAAACCUGACCUUUUCACUUCAUUGAUAAAAUCCUUCCUACCUCGCAUCCUUCGUGCGACAGAAGCAGUCGUUGUAGCAAAUGAUGCAUCGCUCGACAUUGAUAUUCGUGUAUUCCUUUGUGUCUUGCGCUAUCUUUCCGAGCAUCCAGCUCAAUCAUUGUCCGAGAUUCUGGGACCCACUGUGGCCAAAGAUGCAGAAGAUAUCUUUUCUGAGUUGAAGCUCCCGCACCUCAACUUUUCGUGUUUGAGCGUAUCUUUUCUUCCUGACGAGCCAUAUGAGAUGCCAAUUCCCCUCAAGCUCCUUCCGUUUUCCAACCCAGUGUUUGACGAGGAGCUUUCUGUCGUCCACAUUGCUACGGAGGGCGUCACACUCCCCAAUCCCAUAGAACCUGUUGCUUCUAGCGGAGAAGAGUCUGACGAGUGGGACGAUAGCAGCACUAGUGAUGAAUCCGCUGAUGUCCUCCCAUCCCCUCGUUCUUCUCAACAUAAAACAUCCAGAGAGGACACACUCUUUUCUGACACGCAGCAUUGGCACAACCACAGAAUGGCCAUUCUGCCCAAGCACCUCGGAGGAGAUGCUACGGCACCGAUGACUGAAUGGCAGCGUAAUCGGAAGCUUCGUUCGGACCAGCGCUUCAUGAAGACUAUGCAUGACCAAGCCAGCACCCUGACAGGGGCAUCUGGAGCUGUCCUCGAACAAGUGAAAAUACCGUCUGCAGCCUCCCUCGCAAAUCAGCGCAACGUGAAGCCAAAAGUUGUUCAUGCUCGUUCGUCAGGCAAAAGUACGGGCAAGCUGUCAAAAGCCGAUGCUAUCCGCGAACAGAAUAUUGCCAAGAAGGAAUCUAAACAAGCGUCUGAGUCUGCAGCAUGGCUCGCGUCCCGCGUCCAAGAGAUGGAAAGCCUGGAUGGCACUGGUCUCGAAAAGUACCUGAAAGUCCUUGCCCGCAAUCCGCGAGCUAGGGAGGCAUCGGUAGGCGCGGAACUUCGAGUCUAUCAUAUGCAUCGUCUUCUCCGAGAGUGGAUCUAUUCCGCCAGUCCAGACUCCUCGGCGAGUCGCGAUAAAUAUUCCCUGUUACUCAUGCGUCUCGUCAAGGAAGUUUGGGAGAUCGGCUUUAGCACAAAAGAGAUUGCUAACGCAAUCACUAGCGUGUUGAUUACCCUCGGCUUCAGCGACUACCUCGAUAGUCUCCUGGUCAAGUCCAAGACCAAGACCACUGUUUAUGACUUUAUGCGAGUGCAGGAGCAUCCUAUCGUGUGGCAACUCCGGUUGUUUGGCGAGUUCAUGGAUAGAAGCAUGGACAGUCAAGCUGACGCAAGAGUGGCCUUCAAACCAGAUGCAUGGCAACGCGAGGUGCUUGACGCUAUCGACCAAAAUAUGUCUCUUCUCGUCGUAGCUCCUACCAGUGCGGGGAAGACCUUCAUCUCGUAUUACGCUAUGGAGAAGAUUCUCCGAGGGUCUGAUGACGGGAUACUCGUUUAUAUUGCACCGACGAAAGCCCUUGUCGCUCAGGUUGCAGCCGAGAUUUAUGCUAGGUUUAGCAAGGAUCUCAACGGUCGUAGCUGUUGGGCGAUUCAUUCCCGUGACUUCCGGGUCCACGAUCCACAGAACUGCCAAAUCCUUAUCACCGUCCCUGAGAUCCUGGCGAUCAUGCUUUUAUCUCCUCCACUCGCCAAGGUGUGGACCCCACGACUCAAAUAUGUCAUCCUUGACGAGAUUCACACAAUCGGCCAGCAGGAGGGCGGAGCUGUUUGGGAACAGAUUUUGCUCCUGUCCCCUUGUCCUGUCAUAGGUCUGUCUGCUACGGUCGGAGCACCAGAAAGGUUCAACGAAUGGCUCGAGAGUGUUCAGAAAGCGGGUGGGUUCCAGCACAAGUUCGUGCAUUAUCCCCAUCGAUAUUCGCACUUGAGGAAGUUCUACUACAACAUUCACGAGGAGCCAAGAGAUGCCUUCCGAGGUCUUUCAAUGUACAAGACUACAGAAAGGAUGCGAUUUCUGCAUCCGCUGUCCAUUCUUUCAUCCAGCGCACGUUCUCUCCCCUCUGAUCUUGCAUUGGAAGCAGCGGAUGCAUUGAAUUUAUAUCGUGCUCUAAGCACAUGCACAGCCCUCCAGCCCUCUAUUCUCGCUUCCCUCGAUCCUGCGAAGGACGUAAUCCGAUACGAAGAGGCUCUUAAACAGCACCUCGCACUGUUGUUGUCCUCUUUCGAUUCGCAAGACUCCGAGACGCCGUUGCCGCGCGUCAUUACCCAGCUUCAAGAUGAUAUUUUAUCUCGCGUCCCAGAUAGAGUGUUGAACUCUCAACCUGAUCGUGUUGUAUCUGGCUGUAAUCUUAUUCAUCUGGUCGCCGAUCUUCACGUACAAGGGGACCUUCCUGGUAUCUUCUUCUCAUUCGAUCGAAGCGAUUGCGAGCAGAUGGCCCGAAUUUUGAACAACGUGCUCGAGACCCAGGAAGACGAAUGGCGCGAAAACAGUCCGGAAUGGAAACGCAAAAUGGCACAAUAUGAUGCAUACCUUCAAGGCGCAAAAGAGCGGGAACGCAAAGCUGCACGAGCAUCGAAACAUAAGGGCGAUGAAGAGGAUCAGCGCGCUGACGCGAGUGAAUGGCAAACAUCCUUCAGACCUGAUGAUCCCCUGCCAGACUUCUCGUUCGCUGGUCAGAGUACUUCGUACACUGCAUCAGAACUUGAUGAGGAUAUCGCUGAUCUUGAGAGGCGAAAACCCUCUCCACCUGAAUGGGCAUUGAAAUGUUUGAGACGUGGGAUCGCUGUUCACCAUGCUGGUAUGAACAGAGGGUACCGUUCUCUGGUUGAGGGUCUCUUUCGCCGUGGCUUCAUACGCGUUAUUUUCGCAACGGGCACUCUUGCCUUAGGUAUCAACGCCCCGACCAAAACUUCAAUUUUCUGUGGUGACUCACCUUUCCUCACUGCACUCAUGUAUCGACAAUGUGCGGGACGCGCUGGACGGCGAGGAUACGACACCCUCGGUAAAGUUGUUUUCUAUGCUCUUCCUAUGAGCAGGGUGCAGAGACUAGUACUUUCGAAACUGCCAUCCCUCUCCGCCAGUUUCCCUGUAACAUCAACUCUCGUCGUGCGCCUGUUCAAUCUGCUGGAGGGUUCAAAUUACUCCACAAUCGCUGUCGCUGCUGUGCAACGGCUCUUCCGCCUCCCACAAGUCAGUUUUGGCUCUGAGGAAGGAAAACACCAGCUUUUACACCAUCUACGCUUCUCAAUUGACUACUUGCGUCGUGCUCGUCUGCUCGAUGAACAGGGGAAGCCGCUCAAUCUUUUUGGAAUAGCCGCACAUCUGUAUUACACGGAGCCCAGCAACUUGGCCCUAGUUGCUCUGCUUCGCAGCGGCGUGGUCCAUAAAAUUUGUGCGCAACCUAGCCUGAGGCUUGCAAAGCGCGACUUCAUCUUGUUGAUGGCCCACCUCUUUGGACGGCGGUACCUGCCUGAGGCUUACACGAAAGAAGAGUACAUCACGGAGGUGGUCAAGAAGUCGCCAUCGAUGGUCGUACUACCACCACUGUCUAAGACAGCUCGUGACGUGCUCAUAGAGCAAGAGCGUGAAAUCCUCCAGAUUUUCACCGGAUAUGCCCUUACCUACGGGACUCAGCACCAAACGGACCUUGGGCCCGAUCAUAUCCUGCCUCUUAGCAAAAGGGAUAUAUCUGGUACUGCAGAAGAUGAACCGUCGCUCAUUCGUGACCAUCUUCACCGUACCGCGAUCCGUGUUGUCGCACGGUCGCUUUUUGUGGCUAACUCGGGCCACGAUGAUCACUUCAACAGUGUUCACGAACUCGCUCAAACGGCUCGACGUGGACUGAACUUGGACGAACACACUAUCCCAUCGUUCGAAGGCAUCACCGGGAGAACCAACCAAGAAGGCAGAAAAUACGCGCUGAACGCAUACCUCCUUGACUUCUACACCCACGGACAGGUGGCGGCUCUUGCCACUGCGAACGCAGUCAGGCGGGGUGAAGUUUGGUUUUUAUUGCAGGACUUUGACCUCACGCUAGUGACUGUGCGUGGGGUACUUGAGCAACUCCUUCAAAAGACAUUCGUCGGCGACAAAGGUGCGACGCCAGAGAAUGCAGACCUCAGUGAGGAGGCGGAUAGUGGAUAUGCAUCCCUUGACCCAGUCCAGUGGGAGGAUGAAGAGGAGGAGACGUCUUGGAAGCAGGAGCAGGGAAAGGGGGAAUCAACCUGUGAUUCGCAGAGACCGCGAGGAGUGUCGGGUGCGGACUGGAGAGUUUUCGAAGUGGUCAAUGGUGCGCUCGAAGAGUUCCAUGAAAAGUACAAGGCUAUGUGGGCCUAA